CAGAGCUGCACUUCUAAAGAGAGUGUUAGAUAUUGCAGAAUUAUCCAGGGCUUUUUACAGCUGUGAGGUGCAAAACAAAAGGCAGCCGUGCUAUAUGAAAGGGGCUUUGUGUUUAGACAAGCUGCGUGCCUAUUUACAAUGUGGAAGGGAGAAUUUAACACAUUUUCCUGACCACGCUAGCACCACAAAACUGAGAGGAGCAGGGGCUCUCGAUGACAAGUGCAAAUAUUUGCCGCAAGAUUAAUGUAUCCUGUGAAAAUAGUGGACUUCUGCGUAAUAAAGUGCGGGGUCGUGUUAAUUCACCUGGAUAGGCAAAACCUAUCUUGGAAACCUUUGCAGUCUUUAAAGAAUCAUGAAUUCGCCAACACAACUCUUGAGUGAAAUGUUCAACUGAAGCUUUAUUUCAGCUGGUUCGAGCUUUUGGAAUUUCUGAAGACUGAUUUAUUUUUGCAGACCUCCUCCUCUCCCUCCCCUUUUUAUCAGCCUACUUGUCCACUGAAGGAGGCACAUUCAUGCAUCGCUUCUCCCACUGCAAAUCACUUUUCUGAGCUCAACAGAACUCUGAAUUCAUCUCGCGUCACGCUGCAUUCUUCAAGCUUGCUACUCCGAUGAGACCCGACAGUGUGGCUGAAUGCAGGACUUUGAUCAUUAUGAGUGGGGAGUACUGACCCUUACUACAGGCUUGUUCUUCUGAAUGCAGACAGUGUGGGCGGACCAUACAUCCUGAAGCAAUGCAGUUGUUCAAUGGGAUAACAACGAUACACUGAGGAAGAUGAAUUCAGAGUCGCUGGACACCUGUAUUCAAAGCAUUCUCUCUGCUUUGUAUCCUCCAUUCAACGCCACAGCUCCCACAGUGCUCAGUCAAAUCUUCAGGGUGAUUGACACCACGUAUAAGGGGGAUGGACUCCGCUGCCUAUUGGAUUUCUUGGUUCCAGCAAAGCGCAUCCUAGAGACUGUGCAACAAGAUGCUUGUGCUGAAUAUUCAAAUCUCUUGUUCCGUCACGAAGGCUGGCCCCUCUGUCUCCAUGAGAAGGUAGUGGUGCAGCUGUCAUCGUUCAACAUCUUUCUCCUGCGGCCUGGGGAUUUCUAUCUGCAGAUCGUACCUGUCGGGAAGCAGGCCGCUCGGAUUGUGUUGAAAUGCUUGGGCAGGGACCUCCGCAGUGUGGACGAGAAGCUGAUACCAGAAGUAACUUACACCAAUAUCUUUACAGCUGAGUGGCUGGAAACAAUAAACAGUGAACAUUCUGGAAUACCGUUGCACACUUGCCUACUAGCCACGGAUAAUGGCGUUGUGAAAGAGCUUUGGUCUAAAAUAGUCAACCCUGAAUUUGUAAAUAAAAGCAAAGUUACAGACCCAUCCGGGCACAGGACUCAUUCUGUUCAGGAAACAGAGUACAGUGGUGGUUCUGCUGAGAUGACUUUGCAGACAGGUAUGGAGAAUGAUCAUUCACUUUGGGCUUCUGAGCCAGACUCUGAUACCAAAAAAAACAAAAAUCCUUUACCUAAUCUGGGACAAAAAGAAGGUGUGAAAUGUUUAAGUCACCAGUCCACGAAAUUGGGAGUGAUGUCCCCAAAUCAAUAUGAACUCUCCAAUGAAAACCUUGAAGGAGAUUAUGUAGAUUUAAUGAUGUUUUCUAAGGAAAAAUGCUCUGAUAACAGGACUGCACAGCUUCCAGUGAAGAAAGGUGAAUCUUCGGUGGUUCCUGUCAAUGGAACAUGGGCAUGUGGAGGGACCAUCAGGUUUGCAACUGAACCUUGCACACCAUGCCUAAGCAGGAGGUCGAACAGAGACUUUGAAAACCAAGGGAUAAAGUGUCGUUAUCGUGAGUCUUACAUUGAAGCCCUGCAAAACCCUUUGAACUUUGGGUUCAGCUUUCAGGAGGCAGAAGCUUCCGCUGAGGACAGGAAAGAUUUCCUGACUAACCACAAGCUCAGCAGUGAUUCAAAGAGCCCAGUCUGUCACAGGAAAAACCAGGAACCCAAAAGUUCCGCCAGAUCUGUCAGUGCACCUUCAUGCAAUACUGCAAAUAAGGACAAAUCCGUGGUGCACUCGGUCCCAUCCUUCAAUUCUGCUAAGGCGCCCUGUCAACCUGUAGCUAAACUUGAUCCUCAUACAGGAUCAGCAUCUCCAGACUCUCUCCCCAAACCUGCAGUUCCCGACGGCACAAGAUCAGGCCUGUCUGCUGGUGAUACAGCAUCCUCUGAACCCCUGUUCGGCAGGAAGAGUGCAGAAACUGCAAAGAGGUUUUCAGCUGGUUACAUAUCUCCAAGAAAUCGUCGACAUAGAUACCAAGGAAAAGAACGGAUCCAGAAGAGGUUUCCUACACAAGCUGUGGACUUGAACAGUGAUCUUCUGAACUCGGGCGUUGCUUGUCUACCAGGAAACAGGGAUAAGGCAGGGAGAGCCGUGUUACAAAUCUGCACUGACAAUAGCCUCUUGCAUGGGCAGUCAUGUACCAGCAAUGACCUCGCCAGGCUCCUACUGUACCUCUCCAACAUUCCCAGGAAGGAGGUUGGAGAUCUGGGUCUGGCAAUUGUUGUGGAUGCCAGAAAACGGCCACCACAUCCUGUGCUAUUUAAGGCUUUUGGAUUAAUGCAGGAACGUGCCCCCCACUCCAUUCACUGUGUACUGAUAUUGACAGAUAAAGAAGCAACUCACAAGCUGGAGAAAUAUCCAGGAAUAUCCCUGGAAAUUUUGACAUCCUUGAAAACACUGCAUAAGUUCAUUGACAGCCAUCAACUGACAGAAAGCCUAGAGGGGACUUUCCCUUACAGUCACUCGGAAUGGAUUCAGUUUCGUAUGAAACUUGAGUCAUUUAUUACAAACUGCAGGGAGGCUUCCAAUCUAUUACUUGACACCAUCAGAAUGUUCGAAUUUAAUAAACCCAGCCACAGCACACAGGAAGUCACUAACUGCAUCCACAACCACAAGCUGACCAUGCAGAAAGUUUUGCAAGAUGCCCGACUGGUCAAUUUGCAACUGGAAGGUGGAGCAAUUCUUGCCAGGCUCAAGAAAGAGGAAACUCGAUUCAGUUCUUCUGAGGACUACAGAGACGCCAUUGAUUUGGUAACACCUCUCUACAACAUGGUGGAAGAAAAUGUCCACACUCUGGUGAUGAGGUCCAAUCAAUGUCUGCAACAUUUGGAGUUCUUGAAGAAUCUGAGGACACUCGAGGACAAAAUUAAACAGCAAAACAACUGGCUGCUUUGCACCGGUGAACCGUACCUGCAGAACUCAGCCACAAAUGCAGAUUCACUCAAAGUGAUACAACAGGAGCAGAAGAAGUUCAGUGAAUUCUUUGCACAGGCCACACAGGAAUACGAAAAGAGUCUGGAGCUGUUGCAGGAGGCAGACAAUCUGGAUGGCUUCUCAUAUCCUGAGUUCUCAGAGUUCAAAGAUAUGAUGCAAGAGUUCAAAACACGACUCGACAGAUUUCACGUUAAUGCCAAAAAACAUCAGGCAGAACUGGAAGCUCUUGUCAACCUGUACAACUACUGUGAUCAGGCUGUGAAGUUGACCGAAGACUGUAAACAUUGCUUGUCCCAGCUGGGGGCAAGUAGCUCGACAGACCUCAGUGAAGAAACGCUGAAGCUUCUUGAGAAUUACCAUCAAAGACUUUCAGAAUUUUCCAUUGAAAGAUUUCAGCAGGUGAAGAGUCAGCUCCACAGCCUAAGUAAUGCUAAAGGCAUGAAGAUGUGGAAUGUAACUUUGCUGAACUGUGAAGAGACAAGGCAACAUCUCGAAGAGACCUUGGAGUUAUGCAGGAAGGCAUUAAAAACUGCUGGAAGCCCGAUGUCAGAAACCGAGGGAGAGUCCAAGAGCACAGAACAAAAGAGUGGUAAGGAUCUGAUCACAAGGACCUCUCACCUGAGUGGAAACUCUUGGUCUGAAGAAGGAAUAAUCUGGCAGAGAAAGGAAAAGCAUAAACAUUCACCUAUGAGGACUAUUCAUAGUCACAAGGAAAAUGUAACCAACAAGCCAAACAGAGUACAAGCGAAGUCUUCCGUAUUUGAAUGGCCGAUGUGUCUGAAUUCAACGGAUGUGUCAAGUGGUGAGACAAGCCCUCAGAUCUCUUCCCUCCCUUCUUACUCAGAUCCUUUGUUUUCUCCUUCUGCUCGGCACAGAAGUUAUCCCUCCAAGAAGAUUAUGCAGGCAGCACAGGGCUUCCAGCUCUCACGGCACGCCAGCUUCUGCUCUGAAGACAAGCAUUCUUGCAGAGCUGGAAUCCGAAGUAAUAUCAGCAGUGUUGCUCCAGUGAUCAUUUCUGCCCUUAGUGAACCUGCAGGAUCCAGUCUGACAACGAAGGAGAAUUCCUGUAAUAAACUUCAACACAUUAUGGAGGAGAUAUUGAUCACUGAGAGGGAGUAUGUCCGUUCGCUUGGAUACGUCAUCUCACAUUACUUCCCUGAGAUGGAUCGCAUGGACCUGCCUCAGGAUUUGCGGGGACAGCGAGGAACUAUCUUUGGGAAUCUAGAGAAGCUCUAUGAUUUCCAUAGCCAGUACUUCCUGAAGGAGCUGGAAACCUGUGCAAGUGACCCCAUCAGAGUUGGACGCUGCUUCCUUAGACACGAAAAACAAUUUGGACUUUAUGCAUUAUACAGCAAGAACAAGCCCCGGUCUGAUUUGCUGCUCAGCAGCCAUGGAAAUACAUUUUUCAGAGCCAAGCAGCUGGAACUAGGUGACAAAAUGGACUUGGCAUCCUAUCUUUUGAAACCUAUUCAGAGGAUCAGCAAAUACAACCUGCUUCUGAGGGACAUGUUCAAGGAAUGCAGUCCAGCCCAGGAGAAGGAGUGCAAGGAACUUCAGGCAGCCCACGAUAUUGUGUGCUUCCAGCUCCGCUAUGGCAAUGAUCUUAUUGCUAUGGAUGAUAUACAGGAGUGUGAUGUGAAUCUGAAAGAGCAGGGUCAGUUGUUACGUCGAGAUGAGUUUGUGGUAUGGUACGGGAGGAAGAAAUGUUACCGACACAUCUUCCUAUUUGAAGAUCUCAUACUCUUCAGCAAGACGAAAAAAAUAGAAGGAAGCAAUGACAUCUACAUUUAUAAACAAUCCUUCAAGACUUCUGAAAUUGGAAUGACACAUAACUCUGGUGAAAGCGGACAGCGUUUUGAAAUUUGGUUCAGAAGACAGAAAUCCCAGGAUACAUAUGUCUUGCAUGCUCCAACUGCAGAAGUGAAACAGGCAUGGAUAGGUGACUUGGAGAAGAUUUUAUGGAACCAAGCACUGAGGAAUAGGGAACUCCAGACGCAGGAGAGGGUGUUUAUGGGCAUGGGCAAUAAGCCAUUUAUGGACAUCAAACCUAGCGAAGCUGCCAUCAGUGACAGAUCGGUUGACUGCAUCACAAAAGGGAAAGAGCAGACCAAGAGACCAAAUUCCAUAGGAUCAAACAGCAGCGCCGCCUCCUCAGCAAGCCACUCUUCUUCAUCUUCUGGCAUCGGCUCCCUGAAUAUGCCCAGUUGCUGCUCUUCACCUUCAACUUCCAGAAGCAACACUGGAAUCAACAAUGGCUUGUACAACACACAGGCGGGCGUAGAAGAAGAUGACCUGGGGAAUGAUUCCAGUGGGAGACCUUUUACGAUUGAGACUUCAGAAACCUCUUCCCAGUGUAACUCCACAGACAGUGUCAGCGGCUUCAGCAGUUCCGACCAGAGCAGCCUCUCCCUGACCGGAGGGGAGACCGAGGAAGCGCUGUCUACCUCAUCUAGACCAUGCAAGCCCAGUUCCCAUCAAUCCUUGCUCUGUCGGCCCACAUUACUGCCAAAGGCAGAACUUCCAUUUGGAAAUAUGAUCAACAAGAAGAGCUGGACCAGCUGGAAAAAUGAGCUGAAAAAUGGCCGAUGGAGUUUAACACAGACAAGUGUGAGGUAUUGCACUUUGGAAGGAAAAACCAAGGAAAAAUCACCUGAUGUACCUGUGAAACGAUCAACAGCCGUCUGACCAUCUGGAACACCACUUUGGACCUGAGAUUCAAUGAAGAGUUGGCGGAAGAUCAGAACCCCAGCUGCUGCUGAGUUCUAAGAUUUAAUUCUAGUUAAGAGUUGCAGAGCGAACAGAUUUGUGGGAAUUUAUUUCGCCACUUGGGAUGUGUCCCAACGGAUUGUGCUUUUCAUAUUCCGAGAAACUGAUGCUAUAAUGCAGCAGAAUUCGAAGAAGAAAUGACCUAAUUCUCGGAACUGGCCACAUGAUUCAGGUGAUGGGCCAUGACCCAACCCAUGGUACGUUCUGAGGUCACUGCCACGGAACGAGAGUUUCUCUGUGAGCCUGUGGUUUAGUGCCUACUCCAGGUUCAUUGACCAGUAAUAUCCAGCCUAAUUUUUCACUUCAGAUCUCUAAGGUUUGGUAUGACAGGCUCCAACAAAUAUAAAUGAGAAAAGAAAAUUCCACUUAUUGCAAGAUGGAAAAACUAAGCAAACAAAUUUGAUUUUUGGAGAAAAUGGCACAUAGCCAAGGUUGAAAGGGAAAGGGCAAUAUAAGUAUAACCUUUUCAUCUAAUUAUUAAAAUCCUUAAGUAUAUUUUAAUAUGUAUCAUAAAACCUAUUGAUAUAACAUUGUAUAUUGUAGUGCUGUCUUCUUUUGCACACAUAUUAGCUUUAGUUAUAAUGCUGUUAUAAAAUGCAAAGUCAAUUAUACUACUUUUAUAUUUUUACAAUAUUAAAAACAUUGCUUUUCUUGAUGCUAAUGAUCUUUUGACCCUACUUCUGUACUUUCAUAUAAGUCUACAAUAACACUCACUUUGUACUAGAUACUUCUAUCAAACUUAUGUCCUGUCUCUGUGAGUGCCUUCAUCAGGUGACACAGAAAUAAUGAAUCUAAAGUCAAACUGUUGCCUCCAGGUACUCACAGGGCAGAAAAGUCAAAGCACCACAUAUAUCUAUGAAUGCGGAGCAGACUCAAUGGGCAGGCCUAAUUCUGCUCCUAAGAAUAAGCAAUGCACACCCUACCAAAAGUAUCAGUAGAGCCAAUCGCUCAGCACUGACAAAUAACUUUAUUUUCCAAACUGUUUCAAAACUUUCCGAGAUGAUCUAAUUAAUUGCCUUAGAAUUUGAGAACUUGCCUGAAACUGGUUGUGUCUGAAAUCCGGUAGAUGUGUUGUCAGGGUGAUCUCUCUGGCUGUUUCAUGAGGUGAUUAGCUUUGAGUUACAUGACAAGGCUUGGAGUGUAUUCAUGCCAUAGCAGUAGUAGUAGUAGUAUGAAUGCUCAACUCAAGUAUGAUGUUCUCCCAAGGGGAGUUGUCUAUUGGUGGGCUCUCAGCUGGCAGUAGAAGCUGAUCCAGGAUCCACAUAUUCUGGUGCAGUGUGGACAAAAGUAGUUCUUAUGUAGCCCUCUAUCAUCUUGGACAUUGGAUUUGUCUUUGGUGUUGUUCUGAUUACCUCUCCUUCCUAAAAUGAGCAGGAAUCUUCAGAUUAGCCACAUUGUUUGGAGAAACAAUGGAGCAACCCUUGCAGAAGUUAAAAGUGACAGAAAGAGCCUACUUAGGAUUUGUAAAGAGCUGGAUAUUUGUCUAAUAAUCAGGGCUUCAGCUAAGGCAACAGUAUUAGAAAUGAAAGGGCUUUUAAAGAUUAUCAUGCUGAUCCUCGUAGUUUGCUGCCUAGACCAAGCUGAUAAAGGCCUUACUGAGCUGAUAGGACUUAGUAAAUCACCUGGCAAUAGAUCAGUAGUGCUGGUGGAGUAACCAUUCUGGCAGGCGGGCACUCACUCCACAUAAAGCUGUGAGCAGUCCCUAGAUCAGAGUAAAGCAAACUGUGUGAUGUAAUUCCCCUACGACCCUCAUUCCAUUAUCUCACAGCUCCACAUAGAUCUUCUUGCCCUGGAGGUGUUAGAAAUAAAAUAUUGUAAAGUAUUGACUUAUCUCUUUCAGUAUAUCUUUCCAUGUUCUCUGAUUUACCACUAAGGUGGUGUAAAGUAUAUGAUGUUGUCCUGAACAAAGUAAAAGAAAAUACACUCCUUAGUCUCUCUAUGUACCCUUCCUGUGUAAAUUAGAAUCACAUGUAAUAACUGCUGAAUUUCCUGGAGUUACUGAGUAAUUUCCAUCUAGCGACUGUAACAUUGUUGCUACGCAACUGAACAUAUAUUAAAGGUUUGAUUUGAAC